AUUCAAACCGCUAAGCGCGAUGACGGUAUUUUCCGAAGAUACCCGCGAUGUGGUUAAAAAAAAUGUUUUAAAGGAACAUGGAAAAACGAUAGAGGAUUUAAGUGAUUAUGUGCAAUAUCUUACAAAAUGGAUCAAAAGUCAACCUCAUUUUCCCGAAAUACCGACUCAGAAUAUGAUUGAGUUUAUUCUUGCCACAACCAAAUUUAGUACUGAAAUAGCCAAAAAGAAGUUGGACAUGUAUUAUACUAUAAGAAGCAUAUAUCCAAAUUAUUUCAAUAAUUUAAACCCAAAGCUUCCAUAUGUCAGAAAUGCUUUUAAUGCAGGAUAUGUGCUACCCCUUCCGAAAAUAAUAAAGGAGAUGUAUAGAGUAGUAAUAUUUAAGCCCAAGGAAAAAUCAGAAAGUAUAUUCAACGUAACUGAACAGUUAUACCUAGUACUCGACUUAUACGAAAUUAGAAUGCACGAAGAUUUAAUGGCUGGAGAUAUAAUUGUUUUUGAUAUGACCAAUUUAGCACUCGGACAUGUAUUAAAAGUGUCACCUAUGUUUGUGAAAGCAGCAGUAACUAUAUUGGAGAAUCUGUACAGCACUAGAAUAAAAGAAGUUCAUAUUUUAAACUAUCCUUCAGUUUUUGACAAAUUAUUAGCGAUAGCUAAGUUGUUUAUUAAACCAAAACUUUAUGAUAGGCUUAAACUCCAUUCCUCAUUUGAAAGUUUUUUAAACUAUGUUCCUUUAGAAGUUUUGCCUAAGGAUUAUGGAGGUGAAGAGAAAUCGUUGGAUGAAUUGGAAAAAAUGUUGAAACUGAAAUUGACAGAAUAUGGAGAUCGUUUUGAUAAAUUGGAUACUUUAAGAGUUAAUGAAUCCCUUCGCCCCACUGAACUUGGCAUAGAAUCACAAGAAAAGUUUGGAGUUCACGGAACAUUUAGACAGUUGAAUAUCGACUGAGUUAUAAAUUACAAAUGUUCUUGAGUUAACGCAGAUAGUUUUAUCCGUUUUAAGUAAUAAAUAUAAUUUAUUAGGUUUUGAUAAACUGCU